AUGAACUUUAAUAAUGAUGCUGAGAAAUCCACUUUUGACAAAAUUGUCAACGAACUACCUAAUAUAAUCAAGACUAAAUGUAACAAUUAUGAUGAAUUAUAUGGUCACCGACUAAUAAAGGACCAAGAUGAUGAAGAUUCGAUACGGAAUCAAUAUUACAAUGAAUCUAUAGCUCAUGCAUUAAUUUAUAAAUUAUGUAAAGCUUAUCAAUUUCAAUAUCAUGAAAUUGUUAAACAUAUCAUAGCCAUUCUUAAAUGGAGACAUGAUUUCAAUCCAUUAAGUGCUGCAUUUAAAGAAGUUCAUGAUCCUGAAUUACAACAUGUUGGAAUCUUAACACGUUAUCUUGAAGGCAAGAAUGAUGGUAAUAAAAAAGUCGUUACAUGGAAUCUUUAUGGUCAAUUAGUGAAAAAGAAACAUGUAUUUAAAGAUAUUAGUAAAUUUUUAAGAUAUAGAGUUGGUCUUAUGGAACGUGGAUUAAAAUUAUUAGAUUUUAAUAACGAAAAUAAUUGUUAUAUGACUCAAGUUCAUGAUUAUAAAGGUGUCUCCAUGUGGAAAAUGGAUCCUGAAAUUAAAAAAUGUACUAAAUUGACCAUAAGAACUUUCCAAAAUUAUUAUCCAGAAUUAUUAUAUGCUAAGUAUUUUGUUAAUGUUCCCAAAGUAUUGAGUUGGGUUUAUGAUUUAGUCAAGACAUUUGUGGAUGAAAGAACGAGAAGGAAAUUCGUUGUAUUGAAUGAUGGAACGAAAUUGGGGGAAUAUUUACCUGAGUGUCCUUCACUAGAAUAUGGUGGUCAAGAUAAGAAACGUACAUUAAUGGAGCAAAAUGUAAAAGUAGUGACACCUACACCGUAUGGAUUGUUUCUAUUAGAGCAACAAAACAAAGAAGAUAUAGACUAG